AUGAAGAUCUUUGUCUUCACCUUUAUCAUGGCUCUCCUGGUUGCCAUGAUUAGUGCUGAUUCUUCUGAAGAGAAACAUCAUUUCUGUAAAAAAAGAUACAAUAAUCCACCCAAUUAUCCAGAGUAUCCAUCCAAUUAUCCAGAGUAUCCACCCAAUUAUCCACAGAAUCCACCCAUUUAUCCAUAUCCAUAUCCAUAUCCAAAUGAAGAAAAGUAG